AUGGCUUUUUUAAUAGCGGUAGCUCCAAAACCGCGUAAACGCACCGAAAAAGAAAAAUAUUAUAUCUCAGCAAGAGUUGAGGAACCUCAACUACUACCAAAUAUCUUUCAGGAGUCUACUGUAGACUUAACAGUAGUCGUGCCUGCUUAUAAUGAGGAGACGAGACUUCCGACAAUGUUGAAGGAAACUGUAUCGUUCUUGGAAGAACGACGUAAAGAGUUCAAAGAUUGGAAGUACGAAAUUUUGAUAGUCAAUGAUGGAAGUACUGAUUCGACUAAAGAUGCUGCGUUAAAAUUUGGCCAGGAAAAUUUAGAUGUGGAUCUAAAAGUUUUGACAUUAGAAAAGAAUCGUGGGAAGGGAGGAGCUGUUACACAGGGUAUGCUUUCGGCUGGUGGUAAAUAUAUAUUGUUCGUGGAUGCGGAUGGUGCUACUAAAUUUUCAGAUCUAGCUUUAUUAGAACGAGACCUCGCAAAAAUUGAGAGUGAUGGGUUUGGAGCCGCUGUUGGCUCUCGUGCUCACUUAGUUGAAACAGAGGCAGUUGUGAAACGAUCGUUUAUUCGAAAUUUUCUGAUGCAUUCUUUCCAUAAAGUAUUAUAUUUAUUGGGAAUUCGUGGUAUAGGAGAUACUCAAUGUGGAUUUAAAUUAUUUACACGAAAAUCAGCACAACGCAUUUUUAUUAAUAUGCAUGUCGAGCGAUGGAUAUUUGACAUUGAAAUGUUAUUGAUUGCACAACAUUUUAAGACACCAAUUGCCGAGACUGCUGUAAAUUGGCAUGAAGUUGAUGGAUCCAAAGUAUCAUUGGUCAAAGAUUCAAUUCAGAUGGCGCUCGAUUUAUUAACUAUUCGAUUAAAUUAUCUUUUUAAAAUUUGGAACUUUGAGGAUCCUCUAUCGAAACCUAAACGCGGUUAA